CAGUCUUUCUAAGCAGAAAAUCAAACAACGAUGCAAAAUUCAUUUAAAGAUCAUCUAGCAUUCAAAAGGCUGUGCGCAAAACCGUAACUGUAGUGUUGGAAAACACUAACUUUGGUGGUAUUUAAAUUGGAAUUAAAUUAAUACUGAAAAAUGGGUAUACUGCUAAAAUUUCCUAAAAAGAAAUCCCGAUAUGUGAUCAUACAAUUAAAAGCAUUUGUUUAAAAACAAAAGAAAUCAAAAUGUAAAAAUUUAUAAGUGUGAGCGCCAUUUUACAAACAUCCAUGCAUCGAUAUUUAUGUACUUCUAAUGUGGUCCUCCUUAAAGAAGUAUGAGCUCCAAACGUAAACUUACGUUUCCCUUGGAGGUCGACGAUCACCAGAACAACCCGGAUCGUGAAGCUCCAAGGAUUAAACAGCUUCUUACAUCAAACGACCUUAACGCACCAAGAGCCGAUAAAAAGAGUGCUUCGGUCAAAGCCGCGGUCCCUCGUCCCAGAAGUACUCUGUCCAGGUUUGAUUCAUCCUGGCUGGCACUCCAAAAAACUGAAAUUACCAGAAGUCAACCGGAUGCUCCAGGAAACACAAGUGUUUUAUCUUGUUCCCAACUUCUUAACACCAGUUGGCCGGCAACGAAGCGACGAGCCAAAGCCUUGCCCCUUGUGGUCCAGAAAUCCUCAAGGACUCCUACCGUGGUCACGAAUAUGGAGCUCAAAGUAACCUCUUCAUUCCAUACUCCUGGGAAAACGGCCAAAGACCUUAACUCACCAAUUGUCAAUGGAAGAAACCUUUUGGUGGAGUCCGCGUCCUGUCACCGCAGAAACAAUCCGAAGGUGUUUGAUUUAACCUGGCAGGCGAUGAAAAAGACCGCAACUUGCAGUCAACAAGAUUCUAAGGAAAACACCAGUUUGUCAUCAUGUUCCCAGCACCUUAACGCCAGUUGGUCGGAAUCCUCUCCAGUUAUCAAACUUGUGCCGGAGGAAAGUCCCAAGCAGUACUUGCCAAUUACACCGAAAGUAAAUUUAAAGCUAAAUCAACGCUUUUUAAGAGGCAGCUAUGCCGACGAUUUUAGGCGAUUCCUGAAAAAUGUACGCAUGGAUCAGCGUCAUAUAAAAGAUAGAGUAGCCACUCACACAAUUAAAGUUUUGGCUAUAUCAGAGGAGUGUGGCCUUUCCAUAGCUUUAGUCGCACCGGAAAGGGGUGGAUCCAAUUUUAAUAUUCUUCUUCAAAAGAAGCAGUCGGGGCUAAUAAAAGUUGGCUCUAGACUGCAAUUCUACCUGGAACCAAACACAAAGCCCAUCCGGCUACAAAACCAACAAUUGGUAUAUUGUCGCCCUCACAAUUUAAAUGUACUAUAAUGAUAAUUCUAAUAACAAAAAGAUAAGUACUGUUUUGUAUAAAUGGGAAACUGAAGUAAAACCAUAACGAAAUUCUAUAAGUAACAUGUAUUAAUACUGGCAACAUAAUUAAAAAACGUCAUGGCCACCGACUCAGCGCAACCCCACCACAGAAUAUCCCAUCGAGAGUAAAAGUAAUUCGCAAACAACAGAGCACGAUCAAUUUAGAUUCUCUCGAUUCUCACCGAUUUCCCAUGACGAAAAACUGCGAUAAUUUUAAAAUAAGCACACAUAUCUAGUUGUAUUUUGUAAAUAGAUUAAAAGCCCCCCACUCGUAUGAUA